AUGCAGUCUCAAGUUGAUCAGAAGCAAAUCCCCAAUAACUUCCCAAAUAUCCCACCCUUCCCGGACGAUAUCGCCACAGCACCUCUUCUUCGGUUAUCACUAGGGAAGCUCAUUGCCGGUGACCCUUCAGAGUAUGCAAAUUUAUUCCAAGCUUCGAGCGACAUAGGUUUCUUCUACCUCGAUCUGUCAGACUCAGAACAGGGAUCCUCGCUCCUCGGCGACGCAGAUACCCUAUUCAAACUCGGAGAAAGGCUUUUCGAAUUGAGUUUAGACGAGAAAAAGAAAUACGACUUUAGCAGACAGAACUCAUACUUCGGAUAUAAAGCGCAAGGUGUGGCAGUAGUUGAUAAGCAGGGGAAUCUGGACCGGAACGAGUUCUACAAUGUCUCGAAAGAUGAUAUAAUGGGAGUUAGUGAUCCUUUGCCUGCACCAGAGGUCUUACAAGAAAGUCGGGUGCAGCUGGGAUCGUUUAUGCAGGGGUCACAUGCGAUAGUAACCCUAAUCCUCGACAUCCUGAACGACCAACUGUCCCUACCAAAAGGCACUCUACCCAAUCUCCAUAGACGACAAGCAGUAAGCGGCGAUCAAGUCCGUUUUGUGAAAGCACCACCACAGCCAGUGGACGACAGACGCACCGCACUGGGCCAACACACUGAUUUCGGCAGCGUGACGGUCCUUUUUAACCGACUCGGGGGUCUGCAAGUACUACCACCUGGAACGGACGCCGAAUGGGUUUAUGUUCGACCACUUCCUGGACAUGCGAUUGUGAACCUUGGAGAUGCAAUGGUCAAGUUCACGAACGGAUUGUUCCGGUCGAACAUCCACCGGGUUGUGGCACCGCCUGGUCUCCAGGCUGAGUCGACGAGGUAUAGUCUCGUGUACUUCGCACGACCCGAGGAUAGGGUGAUGUUGCGUCGGUUGGAGGGGUCUGAGCGGAUUCCGAGGAUGGAGGAUGGUCAGACUGAGGAGGAGAUUAACAGUAAAAACUGGAUCAUCCGGCGGGCUUUAGGGAGGAGGGUUGACCUUGUUGAUGAUAUUGAUUACGAGAAGUCUGCUGGGACGGAGCAGAUUAGUAUGCGGAUCAAGGUUUAG